GCUUAAAAUUCGGAUGUUGGAUUUUGUAAACAAAUUCCAUCUUUACACCCUUUUUGCUACAAUUUCAAGCACGUCCGUUGUCGUUUUCCGCCCUCCCGCGCACACGUGCACACAAGCAGGGGUUUGUGUGUUUGUGAGAGCAUUCCGUACAGUUCAUUCGGUUCGGGUUUCCUGCUUUCUCCUUGCCGCGGGUCCACCACCAACGCUCCUUACGUGCGCCAUUUAUUGUGUCUUAUUUUCUUCACUUCGUCCGACUUGCAGAACAUUGCCACGGUGCAGUGGAAAUGGGACAUGCGGUGAGGAAGGAAGGGGUGACCGGGAAGGCGUAUCAUAAUAAUUUAACAUUUUAUCCAUUACCCAGGUUGGUUGGAUUGCGUUUUUUUGUUGUUGCCGUUGUUUGCGAGGUGAACAAGAAGUUUCCGAGACUGCAGACAAUGCAGAGGCCAAGCAUACUGCAUUACAGUUGUCCCGCAAACACAUGUUUACUAAUGUACUAAAAGGUACACUGACAAGCGGAUGAAAACGAAAGUUGAAACAUAACUUCAGCAUGAUUACUUUCGCAAUUUACUUGCGCUAGUGCUUCCGGUCUGUUUGGGAUUUUAACACCGAUGUUUAGAAAAUGACAUAUUAAAAAGUAUAAGCAAUUAAGCGGAUUAAAAACUAAGGGACACUCUGGAAGGGAAAUUCUCAAAUAUGUGAAAAUGAUAAGGCGAUUGAGAAAGACUAAGAAAACUGAGGACGAAAGCGUUACUAGCGGAGAACAUUGAUAAGAUUUUAUAAAACAUGCUGAUCAGGAAAUCAUUUAUUUACCACUACUAAUCCAAUGUCACGUCCUAUCACGUCGGUUCGGUUAGAUUUCCUAGCGAAGCCUUCACCAUUGCUUUGUAUGAAUAUCAAUUGCGCGGAUGAUCGUGAGAGGAUUACAUUGAAUUACAAACCCUUAACUGACAUUUGCCUUGACGUGUUAGCGACGUGGUUAUUACGCGGCCACAAACGCAGACCGCAAAAAUGGACCAAAUUGCAUAACGCACCAUUUGGUCACAUGUGGUCACAAGCAGCAAAAAUAAACCAUCAAAAAGCGGAACAAAACGCGGUAACGAUGGAAGUGCACACAUGCGAACAUAUUCCUUAGUUCCGGAUGCCCUGCAGGCAUUUAAAAUUGGACAACAACAAAACCGUCCAAACGAGGUUCGCCGGUCGGUGUCGGAAGAUGGAUUGGAGGCAUGUUGCAUAUGGUGUGGUUUGAAGCAAAGAAGAAAGUGGCCUAAAUUCGCGAAACCGGUUUCCCAGGGGUUUCGCGAUUACUUAAUGCUGUUUGUGCGUUUGCAAAGAGGGUUUUUUUUGCUUCUCCACACGCAAGUUCAUAAUCAUUCCAUCUUUGUUGCUUUUUUGUCCGUUACAGUGUUAUUGGUGACGGCACUGCUCCUGUCACACACCCUGGUUAGGGGCGAUAGUUCGAGCGGAGGAAACAGAAGAUCCAGCCCAGCCCUGAUCGAUUCCGGUAUUCGAGCUGGGUCACGAUUGCCGGUAGUUCCUGUGAGUGGAUCGAAGAUCACCAAGUUGCGUCCGGUUGGCAAACAGCGUCCCGCUGAGGAGGAGGAAGACGACGACGACGAUGAGGACGAUGACGAUGAUUACUUUGACUUUGGCCUAGGAGAUGAUGACGACGAUGACGACGAUGAUGAUGAGGAGGAGGAGGAGGACGAAGAGGAUGACGAGGAAGAGGAAGAGCAGCCCGCCAAACCAGAGCUUCCGGUACCGGUAGUAGAAACGAGCACGACACGAGCGAGACUACUGUCCGAUGCGGCCUUCAAUAAGCUGUCGGAGACGCUCGGUGCACUGAAUACGGUUGGUCGGUACAUCGUAAACAUUACCAAGGGACAGGAAGCCAGUGCCAUCACGCAGGUUGACCCCGGUACGAAAGAAACCGUCCCAGAAGCGCUACUCACCCUCACGAAAACGGUUCUCGGACAAAACAUUACCAAAACAAUCGAACCUCUGAUCAAGCGGGUGGGUAAUGGUGGUAAUGGCGAGGGUUCCGAAGCAAUCAGUGCGGUCACCUCGGGACCGCUAGUGAUCUUGUCCACCAGUACUUUGGAGCCAACAGUCGAUUCAUCCACUAUCGGAUCACUUGCAGUAGUUGCACAGCGUAAGGAAGACAACGAACUAACGCUCGGUGGAACGAUCGACAACAAGAUCGCAUCCGUCCCGGUACCGGCAGGUAGUGCAGCAACCGAGCAAAAAAAGAAGAAGAAAAAGAAGAAGAAGAACAAGGUAAAGCGAAAGGAUCCGGCACAUCAGGAGAUGCGGCUAACCACGACGACUACAACGACGCGUCGUCCAGAACCGGCACCGAGCAACAAAAUCGUGGAGUCAACGAAGGAUAUUGAAAAUCGGUGUCGUACGCCCGACGGACGGCCGGGAAGGUGUGAGGAUUUGAGUACGUGUCCGGGGUUGCUCUUGGAUCUGAGCCAUCUGCGAGAAUCGCUCUGCUUCAAGAGCCUGUUUGUGCCGGGAGUUUGUUGUCCGAUUACAACCACCAGUACGUUGCUGACGACACCGAGACCAUCCCGACCACCACAGCAAACCGGAUCGGGUAGUGGUGGUUCCUUAGUACUCAGUCCCGUUGCUAAACCAUCGGUCACGACGAGUACGACGACUACAACCACCACCACCAAGCGGCCACUCGUGCCAGUGUACACGGUAUCUCCGGCGGAUAGUGGAGCGGUUCUAUCGGCCACUUUGAAGCCGAUCGAUAACAUCGUUGAUCCGGAGGACUGCGGUCAGCAGGAGUACUCGUCCGGUAGGAUCGUGGGUGGUAUCGAGGCACCUACCGGACAGUGGCCAUGGAUGGCAGCCAUCUUUCUGCACGGCACAAAGCGUACCGAGUUCUGGUGCGGUGGAUCACUGAUCGGCACGAAGUACAUCCUGACGGCGGCCCAUUGUACGCGCGACUCUCGGCAACGUCCGUUUGCGGCACGCCAGUUCACCGUACGGUUGGGUGAUAUCGAUCUGUCCACGGACGGGGAACCGUCGGCUCCGGUUACGUACAAGGUGACGGAGGUCCGUGCCCAUCCAAGGUUUUCGCGCGUUGGAUUCUACAACGAUAUUGCGCUGCUCGUGCUGGACAAACCGGUUCGUAAGUCGAAGUACGUCAUACCGGUGUGUCUACCGGGGCCAAAUCUACCGUCCAAGGAGCGACUAGCAGGUCGGCGAGCAACGGUUGUCGGUUGGGGCACAACGUAUUACGGUGGUAAGGAAUCGACCAAGCAGCAGCAAGCGACACUACCGGUCUGGCGAAACGAAGACUGCAACCGGGCAUACUUUCAACCGAUCACGGACAAUUUCGUGUGUGCCGGAUUUUCAGAAGGUGGUGUCGAUGCGUGCCAGGGUGAUUCUGGUGGACCGCUCAUGAUGUUGGUCGAGGCCCGCUGGACACAGGUCGGUGUCGUUUCGUUCGGCAACAAGUGUGGAGAACCGGGCUACCCGGGUGUAUACACACGCAUUAGCGAGUACAUGGAGUGGAUAAGGGAAAAUACAAAGAAGUAAGCAGAGGAAAGGCCAUAUAACCCCCUGGCAGUUAGUGUGAUACGGAGUUACGUCCAAUUUCGGAUCCCAGAACCUAGAGCAUAAUGGAAAUGAAACACAUGUUUCGUGUUUUCGGUUUUUUGUAUAUAAUUUAUUUCUGCUUAAUUCUUCAUCCGUUCCGGCUCGUGUUUUUUUUUUGUUCGCUAUCCCACUCAUUCACGUUCCGCGCUCCACUAUCGGUAAUCAAUUAGUGUUAGCCUUUUCUUGUGUUUUUUUUUGUUUAUCCUAAUUUAUAAACUAACUUAUACGAGACUAUGCAUCGCGCUAGUGACAGAGAGAGAGAGAGAGCCAGUGCCGCAUUCCUGAUCGUGUCUAAUUGAUAACGCUGAUGGAACGAAUGAAGCUGAUCAAUAAAACGUACCGUAAAGCUGAUGUAGUAUAACCAUUAUUUUAUAGUAAUAAUAACAAAACUACAACGCGAAACGCUGUAGCGUAGUAACGAGAGACACAGGGAACCGAGCUUAGCAAAUGGGGACGCAUGGAGAUAGAGAUCUAGUGCAUUAAGAACACUAACAAGAACAACGGAAGAUAAUUGUGUAUGAAACAAUUGACCCAAGAACAGCAGCAACCAUGCUGAUGCAGCGAAAUAAUGAAAUAUUUCAAAAUGUCAAACAAUUAA